AAUACAAAUAAAAGUUAUCUUAAACAAAUUAUUUCUGAAAUGUGUUUGACAAUAAUUUAAUAAUUUAAAUGUUAACAGUAAAAUAUAUUAUUUUGCUGCAUUAAGUUGCAACGUUUUAAAGUGAAACCAUACGUGAUACACAUGCAGGUGUUAGAGGAGAGUCAUGCUGUAAGUGUUUUAUUUUAAGCAGGGACUCCAUCGUUUAGAGAAGUGAAAACGUGUUGGUUUGCCGGUGAAGAAGAAAGAGAGACAGCGUUCAACCAUCAGAGACCCGAACAUGGACGUCUGCCACAGUUUGAUCUUCGUCGUUCUCACCCUGCAGGGUCCAAACACUGGUCUUGUCUCUGCAGGAGGACACCCCGUCUUUACAGGGACUGAAGGAGGAAAUAUUUCAGUUCAUUGCUCCUUUGUUUUGCCAGGAACAAGGAAGUUACUCUGCAAACCAGACUGUAAAGAACGCAUUCUCAUUGAAACGACUGGUGACAGGCAGACUCAAGGCAGAUAUAGCAUUGAAUAUAUCAAAACUAUUUUUCUGUCAUAUCGCGUUCGCGUUAGCAUCACAAAGCUGACGAAGUCCGACUCAGGAAGGUACAUAUGUGGUCUGGACAGAGAUUGGUUUCGAAACUCACAUGAUCUGAUAGAAAUCAUCGUAGAAGAUGCUCCAACCACUUCCAAACCAAAGUGGACUCUUCAACCUUUUUCCACUGAAGUUCAGUCAGCCUCCACACCUCCAACACCUCAGAGGCAAAGCUCCAGUUCAAAAAGUUUCACAUCCUCAUCCUCUUCCCCUGAAACCCCCACCCAUCAGCAGCAGACGCAGGGAACAGCUGCACCAACUUCAGGGGGUCCGCUGUAUGUGGGGCUGAUUGUGCUCGCCAAGAUCAUGUUAUCUCUGGCUGGGCUGUUCUUCUGCAGGAGGAGGGCCCGGAAACACAAAGAGCUUCCUGUUGAAGCAGAGUACGCUUCUGUCUCAAAGACCAACAAGCCCACACAGAGAUCUCCUGCUGUGGAAAUCCCUUCAGUUUACGCUUACGCCAAAUACACCAAACCAAAAGACGAUAAAUCCAGUGACGACUACAGCUUGGUCGGACCCGUCGGUACCACUGCUGUCCGUUCUCAACACAAAGCUGCAGAUGAUUUCAGUGAACUCGUCUACUCUGAACUGAGAUUUCCUGUCGUUACCGCCUCAUCACUCAACGCCUCCUCUCGUGCCAAUGAUGUAAUCUACUCCAUAAUUCAAGUGGAGGCGAGCUCUGAGGCCAAACCAAAGGAAGACGCUUCACCGCCUCCAGACUCUACUAAUACCUUUCCUCGGCACUAACCUCUGUGCUUCCUGCUCCCUCUCUCAGGGCUGACAGGUACACAAGCUAUUUUGCAUUAACACCUUUUUCUUUUUCUUCCAACCUCCUUUGAGAAGUGGCUCCUAUUUGUAACAUAACCACAAAUGUACCAACAAUGAGUGUUAGAGGAGAGCUUCCUAUUUUUAAACAAACGUAUGAUUAAUUAGAUUGGUUGGUAUUUAUCACAGCCAGUACAGUUCUCCACCUAAAGGGCAAAAACUGAAGAAAAAUACUUCUUAUUUUCAUUUUUAUCUAAUUGAUUUGAUUAUUUUAAGAUAAUAUAUAAUUUCUCACACAAAAGAAAGUUUAGUUGUCAAGGGAGCUCUACAGAACAAAACAUUAUUUAUUAAAUGUAUUAAAGAGAAUAUCUUUCGAUAAAAACGUACCUUAAUCCAAACAACAUAAAUCAAAUAAAAGAAUGGUUAGUUUUGGCUCUUCUGCAUGGUGCUUUAAGAAUAUUUAGAUGCAACAUUUUGUCUCAUAAACCUCUAUCGCUUGAAUACACUUCCUCCUUCUCUGUUUUUUCAACUCAAAACAACACAAAUAAUAUGAUUAUAGAUGUAUUAUGUAACUCCUUGGCUGCAAUGCUGCUGAACUGCUGCUCAUCCCUGUGAUCAUAAAACAAAUAAAAACGAAAUAAUCACAUUCAGGAGUUUCCUGCCAGCCUACGUUUAGGACCGGCACUUUUCUGUCUCUACAACUCUUUCUUUACUUUCUAGUUCAACAUUUCUUAUAAAUAUUGUCAAACAUGAAACCUCAAAAGCAUCAGUUAUUAAAACCUCACACUCUGGUGAAUGUAGCAGAAUCAUAUUGAGCGAAAUGCUUUUACCACCAAAGUUUAAACACCAAAUUAUGGCCUUAGUGUCUUUGUGUUUAGUUCACUGAGGCGGCAUGCGACCUGAUGUAACCAUCAAUGUAACCAGUAGAUGGCAGUGUGCACUCUGUCAUAUACCUGCAGGCACAUAUGCAACACACAGAAUACAUGAUUUUGUGUUUUUCAUAAAAAGCAGAGUCUAAUCCACUCCACUUUAUUUCUAUAGCACAUUUUCAAAACAGAGGGUUUGCCAAAGUGCUUCACAACGAACAUAACAUUAUAACAAAAUAUAAUAUUACAAGAUUAGAAAAAAGCCACACA